CAAAAACAUAUAAAUGCACUCAAAGCUGUAGCAAUUCACCACAAUUGUCUUUUUGUGCUCGCGAAAUCAUCUAGUUAUGGCGUCAUUCAAGCAAGCUUGUUUCCUUCUUGUUGUCUGUAUUUUUGCAGUCGAUGCGUUCUCCUGGAAAAACUGCGAUAGAGGUGCACCUGUCCAAGUAAAGAAGGUCACCUUGUCACCCACUCCAGUUCGACUGUACGAGGGAGCAAAGAUCACUUUUGGUGGUUCAGCUGAAAUCAAAGGAAACGCUGGUGUAAACUACAAAGUCGAGUUGAGCAUCAAAAGAAAAGCUGGAAGCUGGGUGCCCAUCUGGGUUCCUAUUCCUUGCAUUAGUAACGUUGGAUCUUGUACUUAUACUGGGCUGAGCUGCAGCAAGAUCUGGAAGAAGCUUAACAAACCAGCUCAAUGUCCCGUCCCAGCAGGUAGCCACAACCUCCCAACUACAACCAUCACCCUUCCUAAGGUCGAUCUUCCUUCUUUCUUGACCUCGGGCACGUACUGGGCAAGAGCCAAGCUGAUUAACACAGAUAACCGCAGGGUUAUGGCUUGCGUUGAAAUCGACAUCAAAAUCCGUUAACUAGUGGUGGACCCACAUCAGUACAGUAACGGCUCGAUCAGAAGAAAAUUAUACAAAACUAAUGUUCUGAAUAAAUCGAUUUGAACACAAAACAAAAUAAGUGAGUAGGCUAGUUUGAGCUGCGCUGUGAGCAUGAUUAAGAUACAUGCUGGUCCCCUAAUGAUAUACGCUGUGUAAUAAUAAAGGUAUACAUAUCUGAA